AUGAAUGAAGAAAACCUUUUAAUUGAAUUAAAAAAAUAUAUUACUGAGGGUUCCUUUAAAUUGAAAUGGCCGCGAAGUGCCGAUAAGUUUACAAGGAUGAGUGUUUUUAUUGUUCUGAUACAGCUUUUUCGCCAGAUUCAACGCUUGUGCAUCUCUCAAACAGAAGACAAAAUCAGUUCAGACUACAACCUUUGUUUGCAUCCACAUAUUGAAGUUCCAAUAAAAAUUGAAAGUCAUAUUGGGGACAAGCUUCGUGAAAUUGUGGAUAUGGUUAUUGCGAAUAUUAGUGCCGAAUUACAACAACGCUUACAAAUUGGCGUCAGUGAACGGGAUGGAGAAGAACGUCAGAUUUCAAAGGUUGCCGAAAAGCUUGAACAGAUUCCAUUUGAAGGCAAAAUAUCUUAUGAUGGUUGGAUUUGUGCCAAGCCUGGAUGUGAACUUAAAGAGAAUUUGUGGUUGAAUCUUAGUGAUGGUGUUAUCAUGUGUGGACGAUAUGCUCCUAUGAGUGCCGUUAAAGGGAAUGGACAUGCAAAAACUCAUUAUGAAGAAACUGGUUAUCCUUUAGUGAUUAAAUUAAGUACUAUUUCUGAUGGUGAUGGGGAUAUUUACAGUUAUUCUGAAGAUGCUCUUGUUCGUGAUCCAUUGUUAGCAAAGCAUUUGGCACAUUUUGGACUUUCUAAAAAUAAAUUUAAUAAAACUGAAGAUACAACAAUUGUGGGUUCUAAAAGGGAGCUACCGUUUAGAGCCCAUAAUUAUCUUGCUAAAAACCGCAUCACAUCUCUUUAUAAAAAUAGAAAAAAUAUUAAAAAAAGAGUGAUCGAUGAUGUCGAAGUCUAUAAGAAAAACAUAGAAGUUUUCAAAAAAAACAUCAGUAAAAUGUUUCAACUAUUAGAAGAUUUUACCGACCUCUAA